AAAAUGGCUGACUUACCGAUUGAUAGGCUUGAUCCAGUACCGCCUUUCACUUAUAGCGGAGUUGAUUUAUUUGGACCGUGGUACAUUAAAGAAGGACGUAAAGAACUUAAACGCUAUGGUGUCUUGUUUACGUGUCUAUCAUGCCGAGGAGUACAUAUAGAGACAGCAAAUUCACUCGAUACCAGUUCAUUCAUAAAUGCGUUACAUAGAUUUAUAGCCAUACGUGGCCCUGUAAGACAUCUAAGGUCAGAUAGAGGAACCAAUUUUAUAGGUGCGGAACGAGAAUUGCGAGAAGCUUAUUCAGAAAUGGACGAUAAAAGUAUAAGACAAUUUCUUUCGAAUGAAGGAUGUGAUUUUGUAGAAUUCAAAAUGAAUGUCCCAUCUGCCAGUCAUAUGGGUGGAGUUUGGGAACGUCAAAUCCGGUCAGUUAGAAAUGUGCUUGCGUCACUAAUGCAUCAAUCUGGUACACAAUUGGACGAUGAAUCUUUGAGAACUUUUAUGUGCGAAGCCGCAGCAAUUGUGAACAGCCGUCCUUUAACUCUUGACAAUUUGAAUGAUCCGUUAUCAGAAGAACCCCUAACGCCAAAUCAUAUACUUACGAUGAAGUCAAAGAUUAUUCUUCCUCCGCCUGGACAAUUUCAAAGAAGUGACAUUUACUCUCGAAAACGCUGGAGGCGAGUUCAGUUCUUAGCCAACGAGUUUUGGAAUAGAUGGAGAAAGGAGUAUUUGUCUAAUCUACAAUCUAGAAAGAAGUGGACUGCUCCUAGACGAAAUUUGCAAGUCGGCGAUAUAGUUAUGAUCAAAGAUGAACAAGCCGCGCGAAAUCAGUGGCAUCUUGGGAAGAUCAACACAGCACACGUAGAUGAAGAUGGACUUGUUAGAAAAGUGCGGGUUACGAUCGGUGCUCAAAUUGACAAUAGUGGAAGGAGGAAUUCACCUCUUCAGGAAUUAGAUAGGCCGAUUCAAAAACUAGUGUUAGUAUAAGAAGUAGGGGAAACCGAGGAAGUCCCCACCGAGGAGCCGAAUGACAUUUAGUAUGCGAUGUUCAGUAAUGGUAGUAUAGUGGUUAUAAGACUAUGAUAUUUUGGAAAAAUUAAACAUUAAUUUUGGGGAGCCAUGUUACUGUUGUACAUUAAUUAGGAGUAAGAUACAUAUUACGAUUACAAUCUAAGUAGUAUAUUGUCGUUUCUUUCCCCGGUAUAUCAGAUUCCCAUGAACGAAGCACGAUGCUAUGAACACAUAAUUUUGACAUGUUAAUGGCCCAAAGAGUUCUUACGUACACCUGCGUAAACCUGCGUAAACCUGCAUAACAACGUAUACCAUGAACUUUGUAUAAUGUUAGACAACUGGGUGAAAUAUGCGAUGCACUGUAUGUUUAUUUGACAAUUGCGACAUGAAUAAAGUCAUGAAUAAAGUAUCAGAACUUUCA